UUUCAAUGGAGACAGAAAGUGAGCUGAGAAAAGGGGAUAUUUACUUAUUCCAUCAGGCCGAUGAUCAAGUAAAUAGCGCAAUCUCACAAGUGGAGCCUGCACCCUGCCCUCCUCCCACUGGGCACUGCCGGAGCAUAUAAGAAGGCACCCAGUGGGCACAUCUCACACAAGACCACCUGCCGGAUCCAGGGACCAAAGCCUCUCAGCCUCCAGACAUGAAGCUCGCCACCACCUUUGCCCUGGUCCUGCUGGCUCUCUGCUGCAGCUCUGCUUCUGCAAAGGUCUGCCAGGUCUUUCUCCAAGUCAUUGAAACCCUCUUCAUGGGCACGGUCUCCAGUUACGAGGCUGCCACUCAGCCUUUCAGCCCUGAUGAGGACAUGAUUAGUGCAGGGAUCCAGCUGAAAAGGCUGGUGGACUCCCUUCCUCAGAAGAGCAAGGAGAGCAUCAUGAAGCUCACGGAGAAAAUAGUAACAAGCCCACCAUGCAUGUAAGAUUUAGGAAUCCGAAGUCCAUCAGGUCUAGAAAUCAUAGACGCCUGACUGCUGAAGUCCCUGCCACUUUCCCAUGCUUCCCUAACCCACCCCUACCAGCUGGCCUCGCUCUCUUCAAUAAACGACAAGCAUCUCACUUGU